AUGGAGUCUUUGGUGGCAGCAAACACCAAGUUUUGUUUUGAUUUUUUCCAAGAGAUAAGCAAAACUCACUUUAAUAAAAACGUCUUCUACAGCCCUCUGAGCCUGUCGGCGGCCAUCGCCAUGGUCCGCCUUGGGGCCAAGAGUGACAGUGCGCAGCAAAUUGACCAGGUGCUGCACUUCGAUGAAUUUUCCCAGAACCAAGGCGAUGAACGGGAUCCCUGCCUGAAAAGCAGAACGCAAGAAACGCUGGCCGACAGCUCUCUGGAGGGCCAGAAGUCCUCGGCAGAGUCUCUGACGGAGCAGGAGCCUUCCAACCCCGAGAGUGAACUGCUUAGUUGCCACUUCGGGCAUCUCCUCUCCAAGUUAGACAGGAUGAGGGCGGACUGCACCCUCAGUAUCGCCAACAGGCUCUACGGGGAGAAGGAAUUCCCAAUCUGUCCGGAGUACUCGGAAAGUGUGGUGCAGUUUUAUCACACGACGAUUGAAAGUGUUGACUUCCGGAAAGACACUGAGAAGUCCAGGCAAGCGAUUAACUUCUGGGUGGAAUCUCAGUCCCGGGGUAAAAUCAAGGAGCUCUUCAGCAAGGACACGCUCACAGAUGACACAGUGCUGGUGCUGGUGAAUGCCGUUUACUUCAAGGCCAAAUGGGAAAAAUACUUCGACAGUGAAAACACAGUCGACGCGCCCUUCCUGCUCAGCGAGAAUGAAAGUAAGACCGUGAAGAUGAUGCAUCUCAAAGGCCCCUUUAGCCUUGGCUUCAUCGAGGAGCUGAAGACCCAGAUCCUUGAGAUGAGGUACACCAAGGGCAUGCUCAGCAUGUUCAUCCUGCUGCCGGCUUGCUCUGAAGAUAACCUGAAGGGCCUGGAAGAGCUUGAGAAGAAUAUCACGUAUGAGAAAAUAAUGACCUGGAGCUGCUCAGAGAAUAUGCCAGAAGAAAACGUAGCUGUCUCCUUCCCCCAGCUGACCCUGGAGGACAGCUAUGAUCUCAACACUGUUCUCCAGCACAUGGGCAUCACGGCUGUCUUUGAUGAAACGAAAGCUGAUCUUUCUGGAAUCUCUCCAGAUCCCAACUUAUACCUGUCAAAAGUGAUUCAUAAAACCUUUCUGGAGGUGGAUGAAAAUGGCUCCGAGGCAGUGGCUGCCAGUGGGAUUGAAGCCGCCACGAAGUCCGCAACUUCCUGGCAGACAUUUAAUGCCAACCACCCUUUUGUCUUUUUCAUCAGACACAACCCCACCCAGACCGUUCUGUUCUAUGGCCGGGUGGUCUCUCCUUGA